AUGGCAUCAGUGUUUUUGUACCAUGUGGUGGGGGAUCUGACGGUGGGAAAACCUGAGCUGGUUGAGUUUGCAGAGACAGAAACAGUGGAGGCCGCCAUUCGGGCCAUAGGGGAAUCCUCGGAAGGAGGAAUUCCAGUGUGGAACAAGAGAUCACAGAAGAGUGUGAUUGAGAAUGCAGAAAUGAGGCAGCAGAGGUUUGUGGGUAUCUUGAAUUCCCUUGAUAUUGUGGCAUUCUUGGCCAGAGAGGAGUGUCUGGCUGAUCAGGCUAAGGCCAUCAAGACACCAGUUUCCGAGGUCGUAAUUCACAACUAUUCUGCGCUAAAGGUGGUUGAUCCUGGCACAAGAUUGAUAGAUGCUCUGGAGAUGAUGAAGCAAGGUGUGAAGCGACUCCUUGUUCCCAAAAGCGUAGUCUGGAGAGGCAUGAGCAAGCGCUUCUCAUUUCUCUACAAUGGAAAAUGGCUCAAGAACAUUGACACUUCUAGUGGCAAUAACACAAACCUUAUUGCCAACACUAACCUUCCGUCAUCAUCAUCUUCCAAUGCCACCAUUCUGGACAAGUAUUGUUGUCUGUCAAGAGAAGAUAUUCUACGUUUCAUCAUUGGUUGCCUUGGUGCCUUGGCUCCUUUACCUCUUUCCUCAAUUGCUUCCCUUGGAAUCAUCAAUUCAAACUACUGCUCUAUUGAAGCAUCUUUCCCAGCCAUUGAUGCCACCAAAAAUCGUCCCCAUGAUCCAUGUGCAGUUGCUGUUGUGGAGCCAACAUCAGAUGGUCAAUAUAACAUCAUCGGUGAAAUAUCUGCCUCUAAACUAUGGAAAUGUGAUUACUUAGCUGCAUCAUGGGCUCUUGCCAAUCUCUCUGCUGGACAGUUUGUUAUGGGGGUGGAAGAUAACCUGACACCAAGAUCAGUUCCUGAUAUUGCGCUUAAUCAAAUGGUCGGGGAUUCGAAUUUAGGUAAUGGAGGAAGCCCGACCAGGCAAAAAAAAUUCAGCAGUAGAAGUAUUGGGUUCUUUAGCAAUGCGGCAAAUUCAAGUUUUGGGGUUGGUAGGAGCAUGUAUCGGGGUAGAAGUGCACCAUUAACGUGUAAAUUUACUAGUUCGCUGGCAGCAGUAAUGGCUCAAAUAUUAUCUCACCGGGCAACGCAUGUUUGGGUUACAGAGGCUGAAAACGACAACAUAUUAGUUGGCGUCGUAGGUUAUGCUGAUAUCUUGGCUGCAGUUACCAGACAACCGGUUCCAGCCAUUUCAGAAAGCCAGCCAUCUUGA